UCCGGUGUGUGGAUGCACCGGUGGGACCCGCUGACGAAGCGGAGAUGGCGGAAGACCGGAGGUCCGAUUAAGUCUUUCAGCGAACGCUAACUACUGUUUCUGAAGGAAAUCACCGUCGUAUAAAACAAGAACCUGGCAGUUGUCGUUGUUGUUGGAUCCGGGCGGACAUGGAGGUGACGGCGGAGGGAGAGGCGGAUGAACGCAGGAGGGAACACUGGAAGCUGUUGUUCAGUUUGAAGACCACAGUGGAAGGUCUUGUGUCCACCAACAAUCCCAAUGUGUGGUCUCGGUACGGUGGCCUUCAGCGGCUGCAUAAAGACAUGAACAAUAUCCUCAGCCAUGGACUGAGGAAUGAACAGGUGUAUUAUAAGCACAGAGACUACUGGCCCUUUGUGUGGUGUGUUCGCUACAUCAGUCCUCACCUGGCCUCGCAUGUUGAACAGUUCAGUCGUCUGGAACCAGUCCUGAGCUCUGGGAUGCAGAGUACCGGUGAAAGCUACAAGGCUGAGCGCUGGCUGCUCCACAGUUUACAGGUUCAUAUGCUGUCGUCUCAGCUUCGACCUCUGCUCAGGCAUCUGGGACAUACACGUAAAUACUAUAAUGAUGAUGCCUUUCUGCUCAGUGAGCCUCAUGUAACCGCCAUGUUCCAGUGCCUAGAGGCUGUGGAGCAGAAUAACCCUAAACUCCUGGCUCAAGUCGACACUGUUGGCCUUUCUCCUCUGAAGGGCCCUCCAUGUCUGGGCCUGUUGAAGAGCCAGAGCCUGUGUGUUUUACCAGGAGCCCACAGUGCUUGGAGAAACGCUGAUGUGACUCCCAGGGGCGUGUCUCUGAACCGGCGCCUUACCACGUCCAACUGCUCCCUCCGUAACACUGACGCCAGCGCCCACCACUACAGCAACGCCAGCUCCCAAAACAGCACCAACAUGGAUGCUCUGUGCUCAGGCAGCAGCGUGGGUCCAUGGAUGUGUGUGUCCGGUCCAGGGAGCAGUGACCUGUUGGCGGUCCCCUGUGGUGGGCCUGGGUCAGUGCCUUCCAUUUCUCUGACAGAGUCCCCGUCGUCCUCGUCCCUCCAACCUGAGGCUGUGGACUCUGCUGACGCUGACUAUGAUGAUGGUCCAGAGUACUUGGCUAUUGGGAACCUGGGCCAGCGCAGUCGCCAGGACUCCAGGAGUUCCAUCCACAGCAGUGAGCAGGAGGACAGCCGGGAACAUUCCCUCAAACCACCUCUACUGGCACCACCUCCACCAAGACGCUCUUCUUUCUCAGAAGGCCAGAGAGCGCCAGGACGAGGGUCCCGAGGACACACUCGCUCCUUUUCUGACACAGGAAUCAAUCAGAAACUUAGGAAUGGAGGGAGUCACCGGAAAAUCACCAUAAUAAUUGAAGAUCCUGUAGCAGAGUCGACGGGCACUGAGCACUCCAUGACCCACUACAGCUCCUUCGCACCUCAGCUCAGUGAUGGCAGCUCCUCCAGUACGCUCUACAUGGAGGCCCAUGGUUCCCAGUACAACGGUGUUCCAGAUGGGAUGUUCCGGAAGCCAUCGGAAGGCCAGAGCCUCAUCAGCUACCUGUCAGAGCAGGACUUUGGCAGCUGUGCUGACCUGGAGAAGGAGAACGCCCAUUUCAGCAUUUCAGAGUCCCUUAUCGCAGCCAUCGAACUGAUGAAGUAUAACCUGCGGCGUCAGGAAGAGGAGGGAGAAGAGGAGGGAGACAGCGACUGUGAGAUUCAGCAACUCAAACAGAAGAUCCGUCUGCGGAGGCAACAGAUCCGCCGCAGCCGCCUGCUCACAUGCUCCGCCUCCCAACACAUGUUUCAGUCCACGGACAGUGGCGGCUCCAGGAGAAGCUCCCAGGGCUCGGACCAGGGCCUGUCAGACUCCGGCUCAGCUGAGGAGGUUGACGAGUGCGAACUACGAGAUGGCUGUGAGGCUCAGUCCCUGCUGGCGGUGUCACAGAGCGGCCUGUCCCUGUCACUGGCCUCCCUCUUCUCAGAUGCAGAUAUUAAACGCAGCGUCAGUUCCAGCAGUAAAUCUUUCCUCAGCUCAGACUCCAUCUCCCCUUCCUUCCUCCAGUCCAACUCUGCUGAGUCAGUCGCCAUGGGUUUGCUCCGGCAGUUUGAAGGGAUGCAGCUUCCUGCUGCCUCUGAGCUGGACUGGCUGGUCCCAGAACAUGACGCUCCACAGAAGCUCCUGCCCAUUCCUGACUCUCUGCCAAUCUCUCCCGACGAUGGCGAACAUGCAGACAUUUAACUAAGAAUUCGUGUUCGAGGCAACCUGGAAUGGGCGCCGCCACGGCCACAGAUCAUCUACAUCCACCCUGCCCCCAAGAGAAAGGUUGUUGUGGCUAAACAGAACUACCGCUGCGCUGGCUGUGGAACCCGCAUCGAUCCAGAUUACAUUAAGCGACUGCGUUACUGCGAGUACCUCGGACGCUAUUCUGCCAGUGCUGUCCAUGAGAACGCCCAGGUGGUGGUUCGCCGUGUACUCAGGAAGUGGGAUUUCAGCAAGUACUACGUCAGUAACUUUGCCCGUGACCUGCUGAGCAAGAUUGCCUGGAGACCCUCUGUUUACCCCAGUGAUAUCAACAGUGGUUUAUACAAAAAGGUCAAGGCUCCUGGAGGACGGUCCCGGGUGAGGGUGCAACUAUUUCAUAUGAAAAACCUGUUCAAGACCUGUCGAUUUGCUAAAGAAGUCCUGGACCAGUUGGACAGUCUACCAGGUCACCUGACUGAGGACCCUGCCCUCUUCUCUCUCAAUGACCUCAGUGCUGUUCGUAACGGGGAACUGGCCCCCCGAAUGAGAGAGCUGCUUAAAACAGGCACCAUGCACGUAGCUGGCUGUGUGCUGUGCCAGGCCAAGGGCUUUGUUUGUGAGUUCUGUGGCAACGACAAAGACAUUAUCUUCCCCUUUCAGCUCAACAAAUGCCAACGCUGUGAAGAAUGCCAUGCGGGCUAUCAUCGCGGCUGCUUCUCAGCGGGCAGAGACUGUCCUCGGUGUCGGCGUCUGGCUGAGCGGAGGGAGAGGAUGGCCCGUAAAAAUAUGGAGGAGCAGGAGGAUGAAGGGGGAGGAGCGGGACUUACUGCUGGGAGGAUGGAAGCAUGA